AUGUCAGCAAAACGCUCCUCCCCUCCCACAGAAGCAAUGGACACCGAAUCCACGCUCACUCGAAAAAUCCUCGACGCCAAACUUCCCUCGAGAAAACGUACCGCUCUUGGAAAAACCUCCCCAAACACCACUUCACCAUCCACAUCCGUCUCCAAACCAUCAACAAACCCACCUAAAUCCUCAUCUCCCGCAUCAUCCCAGGCCAACACAUCAUCCGAAGCCGAAACUUCAUCAUCAGAACCCUCUUCUGAAGACGACUCCGAUGAUGAGAUUCCCAUGAUCCGUCCUCUGAAUGCUCGUCCCGUCAUGCGUGUAUCCACACUUAACGGAUUUGGUGCUUCAGAAGGUCUGAAUAAUCUUCCUGAUUUUCUAAAACAGAUGAAAGAAGCGAAUGAGGAAUUGAUGAAGAAGAUUGAGAAAGGAGAAGAUAGGAAAUUGGAGGAUGUGAAAGAGGGAGAGAGUUAUGUGGAGAUGAACUUGGGACUGGGCGUUUUGGAAGAAACGAGGGAUGGGGAGAGGGGAAGCGAAAGUGAGAGUGAAGUCGAGGAGAAAGAUGCUGAUGGUGAUAGGAAGAUGAAGGAGGGGAAGAAGGCAGGGAUUGAGGAACUUUGA